AAGAUGUUUUUUAAUGCUGAAAUAGCUUAAAAUUAAUCCCAAUGUUGUGCUCAACGCAUGAGCCGCGUUUUGUCAAAAGCAGCUGGAAAAAUUCACUCUUCGGGAAUUUUUAGAAGCCGAAAAAACUCAAAGGAUAGGAAAGGAUGACGUGUAGAGAACUUCUGGAGGAUACGGUAGUGAUUGAAGAUAAUGAUGAUCAAGUGGAGGAAGUAAUAAGCAUAAAGGAAGGUAGCUUAAAUGCUUCUCCGGGAAUACCAGAAGUAGCUGAAGGUUCAAGCCCAGAAGAAAAUUUUGUAGAAGUUCUCAUGGAGUUUCCGCUGAAUGUUCAAAUCCAAACUGGCACAGAGUACCCGCCACAGUCAGAUGAUGAUCCUCUGCAGGACACAAAGGUACCAUCAGAGGAAGAGCAUUCAAAGUACAUUUGCCAAAUUUGCAAGGAAUCCUUUAAGACUGCAUCAGCACUGCUGGCACAUCGUGUCUCCCAUGCCCUGGAUGAGACAUUUCAGUGUCCUCGAUGUGCUGACUCCUUUGCCACUGAAUCCCAUCUCAUGGAGCACAUGAAGAGUCACAAGAGGGGUGAUGUGCUAUCCUGUCGUCUCUGUGGCAGUGCAUUCAACAAUACAAAUCUCGUGCGGCAGCACAUCAAGUUGAUACACCUUCAGCAUUUAACGACUCCUCCUGUGGCACCAUCAGGGGCACCUGCAGAGGAUAAUCCAAAGACUGAUGAAGUGAGGGAUUUGAGGAGUUCCCGACAACUUCAUUCCCGCUACUCAGGCAAGACGAUAAUUAGCCAUUUCCUGCAAUCACGUGCAGACGAACCCAUUCCAAUCCUUCCGCUCCUUGGACCAAAAAUACGAGGACAAAAAGGAAGGAAAAUUGUAUUCAAAUGUGAGUACUGCGGACGCAUCUGGGAUUGCAAGAGUAAACUGGAGAAGCACAAAGUAUCCCAUAGGGACGAUAGGCCACAUCACUGCUCGGAUUGUCUCAAAUCAUUCAAACUUCGUGAACAAUUGGCGGUUCACAGGGUAGUCCAUGCGACACAGAGAGCAAGAUAUCGAUGCUCAAUCUGUCAGGAAGCAUACUGUAACAUAUACGUCCUCCGCAGUCACCUCAAGAAGAAGCAUAAGAUAAGUCACACAACUCGCUAUGAGAGACGAUCUCUCUUCUACAUCACCGUCACUCCAGGAAAUACAUAGAAAUUGAUCUUUCAGAGAACAAGAGGAAGGAAGGAUUUCAUGAGAUUCUUGAAUAAAGCCCUUUGAAAUUAAAA